GUUUAACGUUUUCCUUAUCAAGCAGCGCUUUGCCGUGGCCUGCCUCGUGCUGUGGUUUUUUAGCCUCAAAGCCGCCAACAAGUUCAAGGGCAUGAACUGGCUCAACUAUAUCGUCACGUUCUUGCUCCCGAGUGCACUCAGCAGCGUCCUCUUCAUGUUUCUCGUCGAGCAGUAUAUUUACGCCAUGGCCUGCUACAAACUGUCGACCGCCGACACCACGACGUACGUGCUCUGGUCCAACCCCGCCAUCUUAUGCUGGACACCGACCCACUGGCAGUAUGCAAUGGUCGGGAUGUGUGGCAUGGGUCUCUUCAUCCCGCUUGCGGUCCUCUCGCACGGCAGCCACCAACUGGCGUUUCCGCAGCUCGACUUGGACAUUCAAACGUCGCCGUUGUUCGCAAUGAUCGGUCAGCUCGUCAAGGGCCUCAUGAUCGGCGCCAAGACCUUUUUUGCGACCAACGUGGUACGGCUCGAGCGUUGA